AUGAAUGAUGACGAAAUAGUUGCUGAAAUAGUUUCACACAAGGAACAGGGAAAUGAUGUUGAAGUGCAUGAUGAAGACGAAGUUAAAUAUGCAGAGGACCGAGUACCAGUAACCAGGAGUGAAGUAUUCAAUGCAAUUAAUACACUGAGAAGAGCUAUUGAAGAGCAUGACAUAGGCACAAAUUACUUUGAUACGUUGAACAACUUAGAGCACAUUAUGAUGGUUUCUAUACCAAAAAAAAACAGUGGCUUUUUUAAAAGAACAUAA